AAAUUGUUGAUUCAGCUUGUGAGCCGCAGGCGCAGACCGUCGCCGCAUCGCAAAAGCUCCCUGGUUUUAGGGCAGGUGCAAUGUACGAACGGAUUGAGCCCAAUGCCUGGGUGGCACUACGGCUGCCGUCGGACAGUCUCAAGGUUAUGCAAGUCGUGCCAAAUACGACAAUAUCGCUGGGCAAAUACGGCUCGUUCCCGAGCAACCUCAUAAUCCACCGCCCCUACCACGUCACGUUCGAGGUCCAAGACAAACGCCCGGACGAGACCUUCAAUCGGCUACGAAUCGUGCCCCCCGCCGAGCUCUACGCCGAUGUGCUGGCGGAGGAGGCCGCGGCCGCGGCGGCCCCCGACGGCGGCGCCGGGAGGGAUACGGGCGACGGUGUGACACUGCUCGCGACCGACGAGGACGUCGAGUACAGCGUCGUCGGCCCCAAGGGCGAGGUCGUGGCGCGCUCCAGCCGCGAGCUGCUGGACGAGGACGCGCGCCAGACGCUCAGCUUCGAGGAGAUCGAGGAUCUCAAGCGCGAGGGCGCCGGCGCUGGCAAGGAGCUCAUCACGAAGCUGAUGCUGCGCCACACGGCCCUAGACCUCAAGACGCAGUUCUCGCUCUCAAAGUACAAGCUGCUCAAGACGCGCAAGUACAUUCGCCGCUUUGCCGUCCUGCCAUACGACCCAACCCAGAUGGGCAACUACCUGCUCGAGGACAAGGACGCCGGCUCCAAGAUCCUCGAGAUGCGCGAGGAGAUGGUCGCUCUGGUCGGCUGCUGGGCCAAUGUCCACUACGGCGGCGACGGCGUCGACGUGCUGCCCACGCCGCCGACCGAGGGCCAGUCUGAAUACGAUGAUGUGGUCUUGCAGAAGUGGAGGGCAGGCGACCUAAAAGAGCCGCGCCCAGAAUCAGGGCGCUGGCUUGUGGUGGACGAUACUGGUGGCCUCCUCGUGGCUGCUUUGACCGAGAAGAUGGGCAUUCUUUACUCCAAGGGCGAAGAGGGCUUGGAUGUCUCAGCGACCCCAGAAACACAAACCAACGGCGUGAGCAAAAGCGAAAACAGUAAACCCGAAGCUAGCGUCUCGAAUCACGAUACGCCCCCGGACGAUGCUAUGGAGGUGGAUCAACAAGAGAGCAGCGCAGUUGCGGGACCCAAGACAAACAGUCAAAAGGAGGAUCAGGGAGAGGCGCAAGCUAACGGCACUUGUGGCUCGGCGGAGAAGCACCGACUGCCAUGUCGGCCGCCAGCACGCCACAAACGACCCCACGACUUCUACAUCCCAUAUUCGGAAACGAACACCAUCACAAUCAUCCACCCCAACUCACAAGCGAACCUAUCCUACCUGAGGCAGUACGGCUACGACAGCACGAACCCGAACCACCCGCCGCACCCUCUCCUCCCGCACCUGAUGACCCUGACGUGGCUGCAGCUGCUCUCCCCGGAGGCCGACACGACGUACUCGUCGGCGCCGCCCGUGGUGCCGGCCGACGAGGUGGCGGGCUGGAAGGCGAACCGGCGCGGCAACUACCACCGCAAGCGGCGGCGCUGGGCCCGCACCCGCCACGUCGUCGACACGACGCGCGGCGGUAACUUCUCGGGCCUGGUCGUCGCCACGUCCAUGGACCCCGUCUCAGUGCUGCGCCACGCCCUCCCGCUGCUGGCCGGCGGCGCCCCCGUCGCCGUCUACUCGCCCACCCUGGAGCCGCUCGCGCGCCUGGCCGACUGCUACAGCGUCGCGCGCCGCGCGGCCUGGAUGGCGUGCGGGAGCGGCGACGAGGAGGACGACGCGGCCCCGGAGGGCGGCGACAAUGCCGAGGCGGCGAGGACGCCGGCGGCGGCGGGCAGCUCCAACGGGGCGACGACGCCGCGGUCCGGGCUGGCGCGCCACGAGGGCUCUGACGAGUUCCCCGUCAACCCGACGCUGCUGCUCGGGGUCUGCAUCCAGACGAGCAGGGUGCGCAAGUGGCAGGUCCUACCGAACCGGACGCACCCCGUCAUGACGUCGAGGGGCGGCGCCGAGGGGUACGUCCUCACGGGCUGGCGUGCGGUGCCGGUCGCGGGCAAGGUCGAGGCGAGGGGCAAGUUCCUCAAGAGGCAGAAGAGGGGGGAUUGAGUGAGGAGAGCACAAUGAGGAACACGGCCGGCAGACAGUUGGUGUUCCGGCCAGAGAGCUUGGUAUUGGUAUUCCUAGAUACCCCGCCCGGAAUACGCAUCACGAGAUGAUGCAUUGGGCAGCCGCGUUUUGAACCACAUGCUGCAGCAUACGAUUCAGCUCAUGUGAUGUUGAUGUUGGAUCGAUUUUUAUUGACCUUCAAAGGGUCUAUAUGCGCCGCAAGUGCUGUCCAUAAAAAAAACCCAUUGCUUGUAACAAUUAGCCCGCCCGCCCGGCCAUCCC